AUGAUGGCAAACGAAUGUUUUUUUCGAGAAAAUUUUCAUAUGUCGAAGGAAAAUUUCGAUUUGCUUUUCAAUCUGGUGAAAGAUGAGUUGGUACCCAAAAGAAACACACGACCGAAAGACGCUCUACCCCCAAAGUUGAAACUAGCACUAGUAAUAGAAUUCCUGGCUUGUGGCGAUUUACAACGGCAUAUUGCAUCCUGCUAUCGAGUCAGUAAGCAGUAUACGGGAAUUAUAAUCGACCUAGUGUGUGAAGCAAUUUGUCGUGCACUGAAACCCACGGUUCCAGAGCACUCGGAAAGUAUGUUUCUCAAUGUCGCUAAUGGCUUCAAUAGAAAAUGGAAUUUUCCCAAUUGUAUUGGAGCAAUUGAUGGAAAGCAUGUCGCCAUUAAAGCUCCCCCGAAAUCUGGAAGCAUAUUCUAUAAUUACAAGGGUUUUCAUUCUCUUUCUCUUUUGGCUAUAUGCGAUGCCUCGUACAAAUUCACGUAUCUUGAUAUAGGGGCAUACGGCAGCGAAGGAGAUUGCAGCUUCUUUAGAAAUUCGAAGUUCGGCAGCGAUGUGUUAAAUGAUCGUUUAUGUUUCCCUGAUAACGCUACUGUAAAUGGUGUAAAAUUGCCAUUUUGCUUUGUUGCAGAUGACGCGUUUCCGCUAUGCAAACGUAUCAUGAAACCAUACAGUGGAAAAAAUUUGUCGGAUGAAGAGAUCAUAUUCAACUAUCGUCUUAGCCGAGCUCGACGAUGCAUUGAAAAUGCUUUUGGAAUUCUUUGUGUUAAAUGGGCUUGUUUGAAAAAAUUAAUGUUUUGUAAUCCCGAUAGAGCACAGAGAAUAAUUGUAGCAUGUUGUUUGCUGCACAAUUUCUUAAUACAGCAAUGUUCUGUGACAUAUUGCCCACCGAGCUAUAUAGACAGAAUAGACAACCAUGGAAAUCUAAUUGAAGGAGAGUGGCGCAAUCGAAUUUUGGAUAGUCAGUCUUCGUUAUAUCAUACUUCGUUUUCAGUCAAUGCAGGAAGAUCAACGGAUUAUGCCAAAUAUGUUCGAAAUACCCUAAAGGUUUAUGUGAACUCUGAAAUAGGAAGCGUGCCUUGGCAGCGGCGAGCCGCGUUUAUUGAGUAA